AUGCCUGUGGUCAAGUCAUCUGUCUCGGGGGCCGUUGAUGCCCCCAAGACUUUCAAUCAGCCGUCGCGAAAGGGAAAGAAGGCAUGGAGAAAAAACGUGGAUGUUACGGAGGUUGAGGAGGGUCUCGAGGAAUUGAAUGAACAAAUCAUUAGCGGUGGCGUAAUCAGGGAGAAAGAAUCCGCGGAACUCUUCACCCUCGACUUGACUGGCGAUGCGGCGAUCCCCAAGAAAUUCCCCAAGCACGUCAAGAAGGGACUGAAGGCGGACGAAAUCCUCGCUCAGCGAUCCUCCGUCCCUGCCGUGUCGAUGCGCAAACGCCCCAGUGCCAAGACAACCGAUGGCGUCCUGCCCGUCAAGCGCCAGCGCACCGAUUGGGUCUCUCACAAGGAACUCGCUCGACUCAAGAAGGUGGCCGAUGGCGAGCAUGAGAGCACUCUCCAGCUGAAGGAUGCAACAUACGAUCUCUGGGAUGCCCCUGUCGAAGAAAAGAAGAACCAGGAAUUCAUCCCCCCCAAGGUCGAAGCGAAGGUGCCCAAGUCGAUGAAGCAAAAGCCCAUUUCACUUGUUGCGAGCGGUAAGGAGGUGCCCGCCGUGCAGAGGCCCACUGGCGGCUACAGCUACAACCCUCUGUUCUCCGAGUACGAGGAAAGGUAUACGGCGGAGAGCAACAAGGCAGUCGAUGCCGAAACCAAGCGACUUGCUGACGAAGAGGCUGAGCGCCUCAAGCAAGAAGCCAGCGCGCGGUCUGCCGCCGAGGCCGAAGCCGCCGAAGCACGUGCAAACCUGUCAGAAUGGGAGGAAGACUCAGAGUGGGAGGGCUUCCAGAGUGGUGUUGAAGACAACGCUAUCUCCGCGAAACGCCCUCAACGCAAGACCCAGGCUCAACGGAACAGAAUCAAGCGCAGAAAGGAGGACGAACGCCUGGCCAAGCACAAGGCCGAAAUGAAAGCCAAGCGCAUACAGGAACAACGGAUCAAAGAAAUUGCCGAGGAAGUCCAGGACAGAGAAAACACCAGGGCUCUCAUUCUUCAAGAAAAGGAGCAGGCUUCAGACUCUGGUGAGAGCGAGAUCAACGACCAGAAACUCAGAAGGAAGCAGAUUGGAAAGUUCAAACUUCCAGAGAAGGACUUAGAAUUGGUACUACCAGACGAGUUGCAGGACUCCCUGAGAUUAUUAAAGCCGGAGGGCAACCUGCUAAAGGAUCGAUACCGGAGUAUGCUGGUCAGAGGCAAGGUGGAAGCCAGGAGACAUAUUCCCUUCAAGAAGCAAGCCAGGAGGAAAGUCACAGAGAAGUGGACGCACAAGGAUUUUGUCAUUUAG